AUGGAUGCAAAAGUGCGAGCCCUGGUGGAUAUGGGAGCAACCCCAGCGCAGGCGCGGGCUGCGCUCCGCAAGUUUAGUGAUGUUGAGACUGCCGCGGAACAGAUAUUCGACGGGAGGUUUGAUAAUGUUAAAGACGAAGACGAAGAGAUGAAGGGUAGCGAGAAGGACAAGGGGAAGAGGGCAACGACUCCAGAGGAUGACGACGAAGGUAUAGAUGAAGAGGGUGUUGAGGAUGAUGAUGGGAGUGCUUUAGACGACUAUGUGGAUUACGAUUCGGAUUAUGAGGCCAAGGCAGUUGCGGGGAAAGAUUCCGGGGUACACGGAGAUCCUUAUGCUGGCAAGUCAUUUCUUUGCCAGGAUCGUAAAGAAGAAGUUAUCGAAGUCGAGGAAGAGCCUGAGUUGGUGGUGAUUCCGGGCAACCCAGACCCUGUACCACUCAUGACCCAGAGUGAAUGGAUGAAAGGCUGUCCCGAGGGUGGUGAACAGGGGUUUUUGUUUCAACUCUAUAAUGGGCUUUCUACCGGUUCUUGUGCUUGCCCGAGUCAAUGUGGUGGAAGUAGGCCAAGGUCGAAGAAAGACUUUUUUGCGAUAUACAACUCGUUUACGACAUACACUAAUAACUUGCGGGAGACGGUUCACCAAACAUGCCCAAAGUGCAAGCAGGUGUACUGUUUAGCUUGUGGUGAAGGAGUAUCCUCCACUCCAGUUCAACAGCGUAGCUUCCCCGGCGCACCCGGAGUUGCCAAUGUCUUGUUCCACUGUGCCAAUUUACAAGGGGUCAUCCUAGGGAUUGGUCUUCAUAUGAUCGAGCAAUUAUUCCAGGAGCAACACCGAACGCACGAUGAUACAGUCGGUGGGACAAAGAAACGUAAAGUGUCCCCUCAAGCUGGUUCAUAUGAUGACGAAGACGAGUACAUAUCAAACGAGAUGGCUAGAGGAAAGAAGGCCAAAGCUGGAACUGGGUAUGCGGGUAUGGGGAAGGAAGAUCAUACCGGGUACAUGGAAGCAAUGCAAAGCCAAAAAGCUAGGGACACCAAGAUGGCUGGACUUAUGGCUGAAGUCCGCGAGUUCCUGCCUUCGCUUCAGCGAAAGGGCGGCGUACAGACAUCUGAUUACCUUGUUCAUCCAAGCGCCCUUGCCCAUCUCAGGCGAAGGUUCAAUUGGAUAGGAAGCACGCUCUUAAGGAACGAUUCACUGACAGAUAUGUCAGAUCGUUCGGUUCUGUACUUUGAACUAUUUUCAUGGCUUGAGACAAUUUCGAAUCAUGAAGCCUUGGCGUCUAUGAUGGCGAUGCCGAUUAUGGUUGUUGCCUCGAUCAAGCCCAAGGCUCCCAUAGCUGGUUCAGGCUCUAGGCCUGCUCAACGAGAGCGUAUCAUUAUGUACGAAGGCAGCUCGGGGCCGCGGGAACUACUCGAAUCGAUUGUUAUCCAGGCACAAGCGGCGAUAAAGGGACUAGAAGGGAUGAAGCCAGCAGAUACGGAGCAUACAGAGGGAGAAAUGACUGAAACCGAAAAACGCAUGACUGCUAGCGAAAAAGGAAAACAGAAAGAAUUGACGGACGCAGUGCCAGAUGAAAAUCUGAAUCUGCUUCGAUUCUGUGAACGUAUCCUCUCAGCUGCAGCUGGAAUUGAUCGCUCAUUGCGAGAGACAAAGGGUGAUGACUUUGUGAAUCGCUUACACGCUUCUUUGCCCAAAGCUGCUGGAGGCGGACCUUCGCAUGGUUUAGAAGACCAACCCACGAUAGUUCCUGGAGACAGUGACGAGGAAACCAUUCAGAUAUACGAGUCAUGGGCGAACAAAUGCCGAUUUGAGUACUGCGACCUAUCGAUACCGGCUCCAGCUCAAAAAGAGGGAGAAAGCACACCAUCGGCGCCCAGCUACAAAUUCUACUUCAAUAAUGAUGCACGAAUGCUCGCAAAUGCAGAUAUUCCGAAGAGAAGUUUAGCUAUUGCCAAAGAGCUCGCUGUUUUGACGACCAAUCUACCUGUCGCAUGGGGAUCUUCCGUAUUUUUACGUGUGGACGAGUCGAGAGUGGAUGUCAUCAAGGCGCUGAUAACUGGGCCAGAAGGAACUCCGUAUUAUAAUGGAUGCUUCCUGUUUGACAUUUUCCUCGGUGCAAGCUAUAACAACUCUCCGCCUAGCGUUAAAUACAUGACAACCAACGGUGGGCGUUUCCGAUUUAACCCGAACUUGUAUGCAGAUGGCAAGGUGUGCUUGUCAUUGCUUGGAACUUGGUCUGGCCCUGGUUGGAUAUCCGGCAAGUCGACGCUACUUCAAGUUCUAAUCUCGAUUCAAUCUAUGAUUUUAUGCGACGAGCCUUACUUGAACGAGCCCGGCUGGUCGAGUGGAGGUGGUACUCCCGCUUCAAAAGCAUAUUCGGCAAACGUUAGGCGGAUGGUUGUUCAUACUGCCAUGCUCGGCAAUCUAAAAGCACCUCCGGAGCCAUUUUCAGAUGUGAUUAGCACUCAUUUCCGACUGAAAGCUCGUUCGCUGUAUAAACAACUCGACGAAUGGCUCGAACUGGAUGAUGGUCGACCUCUCGACGGUCAAAACGGGGGUGGACAGCUAAACUCCACGGGCUCGGGUGCCGGACAAGCGCUUCGUCGUGAUGUACAGGAGCUCAAGUCACUUUUAUUGAAGCUAGAUCCCAAAGCUGCAAGCGAUAGCACAGCAAGCUCAGACUGA